AUCACAUAUGACGUAAAUCACGGACGGAUAUUUUCGGAAAUGGCUUAAUCAUUUUUCGUGACGUUAAACUUGGAAUAGAAAACGGCAUUUGAACUGAUAGGAUGAUUUCAACGUGCAUGCGAAUGUCAGAACACUGAGGUGUUGAGACGACACGAGCGAUGUCUGUGUUUGGUCUACACAUGUGUGAGAGAUAUCAACAUAAUCAUCUUCAUGUUUCAUUGCUAGUGUGACCAUCAGUAUUGAGAUAGUGAAGAUAUUGCUCGAGUGAAUUUGCCAGAGUUCAAGAAAAGUUGAAGAAUACACCAAAUACUUUCUCUAGAUGAAAGACAUUGAAUCAUAGGUAGUGGUUUCCUUAGAUUGAAAACUUCUUACUAUACCCUGUGAUUUCAUAAGGUUGAUAUUUUAUCUAGCGCAUUCUUGAGAUCGAAAACAUCAUGAAUAUUUCCAGAGAUUUAUCGUCGACCUAUUUGUUGGAAGAAAACUGGGAAGACUUCGUUUCCAAUGGGAUUCCUUGUAUAGUAAUCUUGUCCCUGAUCGCCUUAGUCGGGACAGUUGGAAAUUUGAUUACAUGUUUUGUAUCGUUUUUCCGGAAACAUUCCACCACGCACCAGACGCUAGUCAUGUUCUUGGCCGCUGUAGAUCUGUGUUCUUGCAUAAUAAGCAUUCCUUUGGCAGCCUUAUGGAUACGCUUCCCAUUCACCUAUACGUCAUCAGAAGUGUGUAAACUUUCUCGAUAUUUCUCCAUUUUUCUUUCGACAUGUUCUUAUGUCGUUUUGGAUAUUAUUGCUAUAGAACGCUAUGGAAAGGUUGUUUGGAAACCUGAAAAGCAACUGACCCCAAAACAGGCAAAGAUUAUCUGUGUUUCGGCAUACAUAGCCUGCGGUGUGUUCGUAGCCAUUCCAGCGUUAUUCGUCUACGGUAUAAGUGAACGAACAACGUCGAAGCGACACAUUACCGGUUACGAGUGUUCUGUCACAACGGAGAGCAGAGGAACGACCUUUCUAAAGGCUUAUCUUUCCUUUGGUGUCUUGUUAGUACUGCUUUUGUUUGGAUGUUGUUUUAUAACCUAUGGACUGAUUGGGAGACGUUUUAUCCUUCUGUCUCGUUCACGCAAUUUAAAAACUUCCGAAUCAUAUCAAAAAUCAAUCAUGAGAAAGAGUGAUCCAGCAUCAGCAGUUUCAAGUAAUGUUUCCGUUUCUUUUAACGAAUCUGAAAAAUAUAACCACUCUCGAUAUUCCGACACUGCUCAAGUAGGCACUGUAUCUAUCCCUGAAAUCGUGAUAACAGAUGUUGACAAUGAACUUUCAACAAAACUGUAUAUGGGUGUCAACAAUAACGACACGCAAAACCACGAGACAUGCCACUGUAAGUCAAAAGUGCGAAGUAGUAUACAAAGCCAGCAGCACUCUUCAAAUCCAAGUCAUGAGGCCAAAGAUACGGCUGAUGUAAUAGUAUCUGAAACGAAAGAAUCUACUAACUUUCCGGCCAAUGUAUUAAACAACCAACCAAGACAAAAAUCAUCAGAAAUCACAUUUCCACCGUCGAAUGACAUUUCUACCGUCAACGUUAAUCUUCUAACGUGUGGCGUCUGCAGUUUUGACAACAGAAAACGAACUGUAAAAUUCAGCACAGACAUUAAAGUCAAAACAGUAGAGGACCAAUCCCGAGGGUUUAAAGACACGGUUGUACUGGUAGAGAGGUCAAGAAAACCGAAAUCUCAAAAUGUCACAAACAACGGAAAAUUGGGGAAGAAAAUUUUACGAGGAAAACAAAUCACAUUCAUGUUUUUCAUUUUAUCACUGAUUUCGAUUUUAUCGUAUUUACCAUAUUUUGUUAUUUUGCUUAUACGGAACAUGGACUGGACAAUGUAUGAGGACAUCAAGUCCACUCUUGGUCCCUGGGAGGCAGUCAUGUGGAGCUUUGUUUACAUCAACAAUGCAAUCAAUCCUGUAUUUUACGGUUUCAUGGAUAGCUCGUUCCGUAAAGACUGUAAAAUGUUCAUCGAACAGGUGAAAUAUUACGUGUUUUGAUUUCAAUUUGUGUUAUAAAUAAUAUUAUUAUAUACUUGUCUGUGAUAUGGAAAUUGUUCGUAUUUAAUGUGUGAUACUGUAAGUAAGGCAUAGGCAAUAUCCGCCCGGCACGCACCAUAUUCGUCCGGCAUGCACCAUAUCCACUCGGCACACACCAUAUCCGUCCGGCAUGCACCAUAUCUACCCGGCACACACCAUAUCGGGGCCGCGGUGGCAAGGUUUUAAAGGCGUUUGAUAUUCUGCUACCACUACCAUCCACCACUGGGUCGCGGGUUCGAGACUUAAGUGGAGCAGUCGCCAGGUACU